AUGAACAAAAAUUUAAGAAAUUUGGAAGUUCAAGAUAAGCUGGGAUAUAAACGAUGGAGUCCUACUAGAGAACAAGUUGCUCUACUAGAGGCCCUUUUUGCAUUUGGAAUACGAAAUCCAAAUAGAGAGCAAGUGCACGAGAUUGCAACGAGACUUAAAGUUUAUGGGGAAAUUGGAGAGUAUAGCGUUUAUUGUUGGUUUCAAAAUUAUGGGUAUCGUGAAAAGCAACGAUGCUUGAAGCAAAGCACCGCCACCACAUCUUACUCUCCGCUGCCCCUCCUGUCGCCUUUUAUGAAUGCGUCGUCGGUUCCAGAUCGGGUGACGUUGGAUCUUUUUUCAAUCCCUCCCGUUCCUGAAAAGAGAGAGAUUUCUCCUCCCCUACAGUUCCAGGUGAAGGCUCCUUCCGUUGAGCUUUCCUUACAAUUGCCUUCCGCCGAUGAAUAG